AUGGCUACUCCAACGCCUAUGAAGCAUGCACCUUCGCAGCAGGGUCGCACCCCUUCGCAGCUUGCGGCCGCGACUCCCCCGGUUUCGACGCCCUUCUCGAACAACGCCAGAGCCGCCUUUUCCCCUCGAGCUCCCGGUUCGUCUCCCCAACAAGUCAAGAAAUCCCCGGCCACCUCGACACUCAUUGGUCACACGGGCAUGGGAGCCUUCAACUUUGAUAGUCCUUCCACCGCCGCCGCUAUGGGUGCACUAGGAAUGGGCGGCGGCUUCGACAUUGGACUCGACAACGUCGGCGUCGGCGGAUUAGACGCCAUCGGGGCUGCGCUUGCCAACGAGGACGACAAGCUGAAGCGGCUCGACACAAUCUUGAACCUGUUGAGUACCAAGAAAGGACUCGUGAGCGAAGCUAGUCUCGAACGUCUCGCGCAGCGCAUUGGCCUGGAAUUGCUCUCCGAAGAGCAAAGGACCCCCGGCGGUCGUAAGACGAGGACCCUGGCCAUUGCUGGGUCUGCUAUUGCCCUCGAUAUUGUGCUUGACAACAAUAUCGUUCAGACCGUCUCCCUGACUUACCAUGGGUCUGCCCCCUCAGUAUCGAGACACAUGGAUGCAGCAGGCCGAAUCCUACUCAAAGACCUCAAACUGCUCCCGGCCCAAAGCCCGUUGACGAAAACUCUCGAGAACUUUGCCUCCAACUUUGAACGUCUGGCCGGCUUGGACAAGCUUAGCAUUGUGCCAGGGCUCGACUGCCACGAGGCUUUGGCUGGCAUUUACGACAGCCUCGACAGACUACAUCAGUGGGACCUGUCGAAUUUGCGUGAGGAGCAAGACAUGAAAGGAAAACCAGAUCAAUAUCUCCUCAACAUGGUCAUGUGCUCUAGGCAUGGGCGGCCGGUGAUGCACGACAGGGAUACAGUUGGACUCGCCCUGCAGUAUUGGAGGGAGCUACGGUUUAUGCCUCCCUCGGCCAAGGACGGCAUGGAUAAGUACGUCUACGAGAAGGAAAAAGUCUGGUCACUUCUUCUCGGGUGUGCCCCGCUGGACGGCAUGGAAGUGCCGCCCGUGAGAGUGUCGGACAGCUGGAUCUCGAAAGAAAUCACCAAGCAGGAUGUGAUGGAUCCCACAAAGACCGUGCUGGACUGGCAAGAGCCCGACAACAUGUCACUGCCACAGUCGGAAGACAACAAAGAUGCCGGAAUGGACCUCUUGCAGGCUGAUCUUUCCACCACAAGAGUGCCCAGAGUCAUGUUCACCGUCACCUUCGACCCGCCUGUUGUCCUACCCCAGAACGACUGGGCGCGUCUCUACAUGUACGCCAACGUCAGCCCCCCCAACAUCGUCAACGAAGUCGGCCAGCGCGGCCACCCGCUGCUGCCCCCGACCUUUGACAGCCUGCUGUUCCCCUUUCCGUCCGGGGUCAAGGUCGACCCCAGCGAGUCCCGAGCCAUAGUGCGGCAGAGGCCAGUCCGGGUUUUCAAGACGGACGGAGCCAAGACGGUCAAACAUCACCACACCACCCUCUACAUUUACAAGCCCAUCUACUCACAGACCGUUUCCGAGAUGCCAUUCUCGCACCCCCGCCAGUUACUAGACAUGCUGCCGCUGCUGCGACAGUACGCCUUUGUAUCGACCCUGCUCGAAAACAGCUUCGGCUCCAAGACACAGCCCGUGGACAGCCCGAGCCCGGCGCAGCCGACAGAUACCAAGACCAAGAAGCACCAUCUGGCAGGCUACAUGGACGCCGGAGAGGCAGAUGCGCCAGAGGUGGCCAAUGCGCCUGACAUGAACCUAGACGUCAUUCUCUGGGUUCACCCGGCUCCCCACAUGCAGGUCGUCUUCCCGAUGGGCAAGUCCACGGCCAACAUCUCCCUCAAGAUCCUGGAAGGCGGAGUCGUGGAGAUUGUGGACGAGAAUAUCCUGCACUGGAAGGAGGACGGGGAGAGCCGGUGCAAGAGGAAGGACUUUACAAGGCAAAAGCUGGCCAAGGCCCUAGAGUACAUGGAGGACUUGUGCCUGUGGUCCGAAUGGAUACGCUCGAGGUUGGGCUGA